UCUGUGCUGCUGCUGGGACUUUGUCAGUGUCUCACAGCAGCGGAGGAUCCUCACAGUGUCUGUGUCUGAGACUCCUGUUGACUGACUGUCUGAUUAGAAGAAAACCACAAAUAACCGUAUUAUCAGAAGCGGGAGGAGGCGGAGCGCAAGCCAUGCCAAGUUGUUCCUGGAGUGACAGAGCUGACAGAGGGACUAUAUGUUGACGAGUGCCUGUUGAACUCUUCACUACCUGGAGCUUACUGAUAUUCUGCCUCGACUUUUACCGGGAGGUGUUUGGAAAAUGGGGAGGAAGAAGAUCCAGAUCACACGGAUCGUGGAUGAGAGGAACCGACAGGUGACGUUCAUGAAGAGGAAGUUUGGGCUGAUGAAGAAAGCCUAUGAGCUGAGCGUUUUGUGUGACUGUGAAAUCGCCCUCAUCAUCUUUAACAGCUCCAACAAGCUGUUUCAGUACGCCAGCACCGACAUGGACAAAGUCCUACUGAAAUACACAGAGUACAACGAACCACACGAGAGCAGAACCAACUCUGACAUUGUAGAGGCCCUGAACAAGAAGGAGCACAGAGGCUGUGACAGCCCUGACAAUGAUGCCUCCUACGUCCUCACCCCCAGCACUGAGGAGAAAUACAAGAAGAUUAAUGAGGAAUUUGACCACAUGAUGAAGAGUCAUAAAAUUUCUACAGUCCAUCCACAGCAGAACUUCAUGCAUGUGGCACCAGGCAGCAUGUCAUACAGCCCCGCUGCAGGAGGAGGAGGAGGAGGAGGAGGAGGAGGUGUGACUUCUCAGGCUCUGGCUGAUAGUGGGAUCCUCUCCUCACAUCACUCACACCUCCACAGAAACUCUCCACAGAGACCCCCCAGCACUGGGAACACAGGUGGCCUGCAGGGCAGCUCUGAUCUGGCGUUGCAGAAUGGAUCUGGGCCAGUUGCGAAUGGUUUUCUGGGCUCACCUGGUGGAGGCAGUUUGGGGAAGAUCAUGCAACCCAAAUCUUCUCCUCCUCUCCCACCUCCUGGGAACAACCUGGUCCCAGGCAGCCGUAAGACUGAUCUGCGAGUGGUCAUACCCCAGUCCAAAGGAAUGAUGCAAACACUGAGCAACCAGAGGCUGAGCAGCAGUCAGUCCAACCAGCCUCUGUCCACCCCAGUGGUCUCCAUCACCACACCCAGUCUGCCUCACCAAAAUCUGGUCUACUCCGGCAUCAGCUCUGCCUACAACAAUGAUUACUCCAUGAACAGUGCAGAGCUGUCAGGCUUCAGCUCGCCUGCAGGCCUGUCUGUGGGCUCCAUGACAGCGUGGCAGCAACACCAGCUGGGAUCACUGGGGCCGGGGAGCUCCAGUCUCUCCAUCAACACCAACCACAACAUCAACAUCAAGGCCGAGCCCAUCUCCCCACCCCGGGACCACCUCAACCACUCUGUGUACGUGACCCAGGCUCACGCCCCUCCUCAUCCUCACUCCUCCAGCUCCUCUGCCCGAGCAGAGAUGGGGAGGUCUCCUGCAGACAGUGUCAGCUCCUCCUGCAGCUCCCACGAGGGCUGCAGUGACAGGGAGGAGAAGCAGCAGCAGCAGCGGCCGGACUUCCACUCGCUCCCUGUGAGCCUGGCAGAGGGCGGUGAGAGUCCGACGGUCAAACGAAUGCGAAUGGACAGCUGGGUGACAUAGACCCUGCAGUCUCAUGGCCACACGACAUCAGGGCAAACACAGGAAGGACACUGUUAUGCAAAUUAAAAGUAGAUUUUAUUGAUGUGUUCUGUUAUUUUUCAUUAAGUUAUCUCUGUUUUGUCGGGAUGAUCAGAUCUGGGAGAAGGAUGAUAUUGUUGAUCUGUCAGAAUUAUCAGUUCAAUUAAUUCUUCUGUGGAACUUACAUACACAUAAUAUGCCAUCCUUUUGAAGUGUGUUUGUCAUGACAGACUGAAAGUGUGGGUCCAAUUGCAGUACAAUCUGUCAUUUUUUAUCCAGUGGGAUGCAUCACUGUGCACGGAAGAGCAUGGCCAUACUAUCGUCUGUCAGUUUGUUCAUGUUUUGGCUGUGAAAGCAUUGAAGUGCUUCUGGAUGUCUCCCACUGGGUGUCACCCAAUUCAUUUCCGAUCUUCUCAGGGUUUGAGACAUUGAGUCCAGCAUGAAAGCAAUACUCCGUCCGCAUCAUCAUCCCUGUAACUUCUCUUCACACAAACGUAUUUAUAUCAGCCAAAGCAGUGUGCUGCUUUUUCUAAAUGUCGUUUGUGAGUGUUUUUAUAUUGUGCACAGAAAAAGACAAUGUUACAGUCAGAUUUCAAAUUGAAAGCCAUGGACACUUGUUCUGUGUGUACUACAGAAAUGUGUCUCUAUUGUUUUGUAUAUAGCAUCUUUAAUAUAUAUCACUUUUUGUUGUAACUGUAUAUUGUUAAUUUGUCUGUCGUAUCUGCCUGGUUAAAAUAUGACACCUCCACCAGAUUUUUCAGAAAGUAUAUUUUUGCGGUUGAUUGCCAUUUCUCAAGGCAUCAUCCUUUCCUUUCUCAUCAGGUUUCUGUUGCAUAAUUCGCUUCAAAAUAUAAUGUGAAGCUAAAGGCUCUCUAGAAAACAUAUUUUAAUGAAUUAAAGAAGUCUUGCCCCUCAGAGAUUAUUUUCACAAAAGGGCCACAUGAUAAACCAAGACCAGGAUGACAACAAGAAAGACUGAUGAGGUGAGAGCAUGAGAUCACAUGUGAUGGGAUUUGUUUUAAUAUGUUUUAAUAAUUGCAGAAAAAUAACAUGUAUUCUGAUAACAAUAGAGAAAUAAACACCAGGCACCUAGAGAACAGGAUCAAGUGACCACCAUGAAACUGAAGUAUAACAAAGCAUGCAUAACAUGCAUAACAAAGUUGCACAGUUAUCCUUGCAGCUGUGGUUGCUUGUGUAUGAGGAAACAUCGCCUGGUAAAGCACAAUGUAGGAAUUAAACUUAAUA